AGAAACUCCUUUAUAUGGUCUUGUGUAAUUGAUCGAAAAUAUCUUCUUCUAGAUGGGCAUAACCCUAGUGUUGCUUGCGGCGUUAUGUACAACGGCUUACAGCAUCACCGUAGAAGAGUUCAAGGCUCUUCCUAUACCUGAAAGUGCCAGCAAUUUGGAGGGGCAAGCCUUCGUGGACUUCAUCAAUGAAAAUCAACCCUUUUAUAAGGCUGAGAUCCCAAAAAUGUCUUUUGAACAAUUUCAAUCCCGCUUGAUGAACUUCAAAUACUUGAAGAAGCCUGUGCAUGCUAAAACCGCUGAUGAACUUGUUCUCAAUGAACCUAUACCGGAAAGAUUUGAUGCUCGGGAAAAGUGGCCAUACUGCGAUUCCAUGAAGCAAAUUCGAGAUCAGGCUAAUUGCGGAUCGUGCUGGGCUGUAUCUGCUGCUUCAACCAUGUCUGAUAGAUUAUGUGCUCAUUCACAAGGAGAGAAAAAGACAAUUAUCUCCGACACUGAUAUUCUUGCCUGCUGCGGAUCACUAUGCGGAGAAGGAUGUGAGGGAGGAGUCUUGCUAGAGGCUUGGGAAUUUGUAAUGAAGGAAGGAGCUUGUUCUGGAGGCCCCUACCUGGCCAAGGACUGCUGCAAAUACUAUCCAUUCCAUCCAUGCGGUAAGCACGCUGGCCAGCCGUAUUACGGCGAAUGCAGUGGUACGCGAAAAACCCCAGCUUGUCGCAAAACUUGUGCAUUCGGCUAUAAACCAAAGUACGACAAGGACAAGAACUAUGCAUCAAGCGCAUACUGCGUCAACGCAACUGAAGAAGCAAUACAAAAGGAAAUUAUGAUUAACGGACCUGUUCAAACCGGUUAUGAAGUUUAUUCGGACUUCUACUUCUAUAAGCGUGGAGUCUAUGUACAUAAAACUGGAAAACAAUAUGGAGCUCAUGCUGUUAAAAUUAUUGGAUGGGGUGUAGAAAAUGGUGUCAAAUACUGGCUUGUUGCAAACUCUUGGAACUACGACUGGGGCGAAGAUGGCUUCUUCAAAAUACUUCGCGGGACCAAUGAAUGCAAUAUCGAAUCGUGGGUCGUUGCCGGUGCUAUGAAAGUUUGAGCAAAUUGCAUCAAUAAAUAUGCAAAAAUAUGUACUGAUAGAAAUGAACAACUUAAGAAAAUGAACAUUAUAUGAAUGGAAUUG